AUGUCGUUUCGGGAGAAGAUGCCAACGAGUCCCAAAUCGCCGCUGAGAAGGAGACGCCUGAGCUGGUCAGGCUCUUGGCUAAACCAUCAGACGACGUCUUUCAAGCAAGUAAUCUCCGCCGUUGCCCAGGCUCAGUCACCAAGAUCCAGGUCUAAAUCUCUAUCUUCCGAUUUCGAUUUCCCCGACGUGGAUCGAACACUGUCCUUGCCCGAUUCUCUCCUCCUCAAGAUCCUCGCAAAGCUUCCCGAAUCACAGAACGACGAUUUCUCUCUCGUAUGCAAACGCUGGCUGGAUCUCCAGGGACGGCGUGUACGGACUAUGAAGGUUUUCGAUUGGGAUUUUCUCUUAUCCGGGAAGCUCAUCUCUAGGUUUCCCAAGCUCGCGAAUGUCGACUUAUCGAACGCGUGUGUGAAUCCGCCGAGGAAAUCCGGCGUUUUGCUAUCUCACAAGUCGAUUUCGUUUCAUAUAUCUUCUUCGGAUUCGACGAAUUGGCAAGUGAAUCUGUUGCAGAGCGAAAUGGUUGAUAGAGGGCUUAGGGUUUUAGGUAGAGGGGGUUGUGAUUUGCUCAAACUCGCGGUGACUAACGCUACUGAAUUGGGAUUGCUGAGUUUAGCCGGAGAUUGUUCUGAUCUUCAAGAGCUAGAAUUGCAGAAAUGCAAUGAUAAUCUCUUGCGUGGCAUAGCUGCGUUUGAGAAUCUGAGAGCUUUGAGGUUGGUUGGAACCGUAGACGGAUUGUAUAGCUCGUCGGUUUCCGAUAUAGGUUUAACGAUUUUAGCGCAAGGGUGUAAGAGGUUAGUGAAGCUUGAGCUUAGUGGUUGUGAAGGCAGCUUUGAUGGGGUUAAAGCAAUUGGGCAGUGCUGUGAAGUGCUUGAAGAAGUGAGCAUUUGUGACCAUAGAAUGGAUGAUGGUUGGAUAGCUGCGCUUUCCUACUUCGAGAGUUUGAAGACGCUGAGGAUAUCGUCGUGUGGGAAGAUUGACACUAGUCCUGGACCGGAAAAGUUGCUGGGAUCUUGUCCAGCUCUGGAGAGUUUGCAACUCAAGAGGUGUCGUUUGAGUGAUAAAGAGGGGUUGAGAGCCUUGUUUAAGGUGUGUGAUGGAGUGAAAAAGGUUAUUAUUCAGGAUUGUUGGGGUCUGGAUGAUGAUUCUUUCAGCUUGGCUAAGGCUUUCAGGAGGGUGAGGUUUCUGUCUUUGGAAAGAUGCUCAGUGCUAACAACAAGCGGUUUAGAGUCGGUGAUUCUGCACUGGGAAGAGCUUGAGAGCAUGAGAGUGGUCUCAUGUAAGAACAUAAAAGACAGUGAAAUCUCAGCGGCGCUCUCGUCUUUAUUCUCGCUGCUCAAAGAAUUGCAGUGGAGACCAGACACAAGGUCGCAUCUCUCAUCGAGUCUCGAAGGUACCGGAAUCGGAAAACGAGGCAGCAAAUUCUUCAAGAGGAGAUGA